GUACUCGACAUCACGGCAGAAGGCUUGUAAUUUUUGCAUGAGGGGUAAGACAAAGUGUGAUAAGGAUCCCACAGGCUGCUCCAGGUGUAGGCAGCGAGGUCUCUUGUGCGCGUAUCCGCAGGAUGUAACAAUACGGGACACGCCAUCUUCCAACUCAACCAACGAUGCAGAGGUGAACCCACAAGAAACUACCUUGCCUGGUCCAGACAUGUUGGAUGAUCAUCAGGCACUGCUGAUAAAUGACGUGUCGUCUAUGGAAAGGCCAGACAGAUUAUCUCCUAGAACCGGCUUUCCCGCGUCAACGCCGAUGGCAGAUGAUUCGUCUCAUUCGCUAACGAAACACUUCGACUUUUCAGCCCUUAAUCUCGUCUGCACCAUAGAUGUCGACGACAUAGCGUCGCGAUGGCUCAACACCUACGUACCUUUGCCAGGCCAAGUCGUCAAAAACUAUCCGCCCACGCAGUGUUGUCCUAUGGAGCUCUUGGCUUCUUUUCAAGCUUAUCUGAUAUAUGCAAUGGUCUUGUUUCUGCGAUUGAAGCAAGCAUCGACCGCGUUUCUUCGACAAGCGAUGAUAAAUCUCCAGGAUCUAGCUUGGUCGACGACACGCCAUGGAGUACUCUGUUUAGCGGAACAGCAGCAUACACGUCCAACCUGGGAAGAGUGGAUAGUGACGGAAGUCAAACGUCGAUCACUGUACGUCAUGUACAUGUUCGACGACGUGAUAUCCAAACAAGAAGGCAUACCUACCUUUCUCGGGGUCGAACUGGUUGGGUUGCCAGUCCCUGGGAGCAAGUCGCUCUGGAGUGCGAAUGGAAGAAGGAGCUGGCAGGAGAGCUACAACUUACACCUGGCUGAUUGGCCCGAGGGCGGACUCCGCAUCGAUGAGUUGUGGGCGAUACCCCAGGAACUCCGUGAACAGGAUGUUGCACGAAGACGUUCUAGAGUGGAGCAGUGGUUGGAAGAUUUGGAUGAGUUUGGUAUGAUGAUCUACACUGUCACGAGCUGUACACAUGCUACCACGGUCGAUGUGACACGCACAUACGACCAUCGAUUCAACCCAGGGUCAUGUUUCCUAGCGGAGGAAUCCUGCGAAAAUGCUCUGAACCUACACCCACCCGCUGUCUACAGCAUAUUCGACAGAAGACAGAGAGCCAUCAUAAUUCUGAUUGCCUCCAUCGCUGCAACUUUCUCGGGGUUUGCCUCAAACAUCUACUUCCCAGCCAUUCCAACCAUAUCUCACGACCUCGACGUCUCCUUCGAACUGAUCAAUCUGAGCGUAACUGCCUAUCUCGUGUUCCAAGGCUUAGCACCAAGUCUUUGGGGCCCUAUCUCCGACGUAAAAGGUCGCCGAAUCGCCUACAUCGGUACAUUCCUCGUCUUUCUGGGAUCAUGUGUCGGACUGGCAUUGACUCGCAAUUACGCAACUCUGAUUGUGCUGAGAUGUUUGCAAAGUACUGGAAGUGCGAGCACCAUUGCUAUUGGUUCUGGCGUCGUCGGAGAUGUCACGACUCGUGAGGAUCGUGGGGGUUAUAUGGCUAUAUUCCAAGCUGGACUGUUGGUACCUGUUGCCAUAGGUCCGGUAAUCGGAGGCGCUUUGACUGAAGCAUUGGGGUGGAGAAGCAUUUUUGGUUCCUCGCCAUCUAUUGCGGUAUCUUCUUGGUCUUCCUCGUCUUUGUAUUGCCAGAGACUC